CUCGAACAUCACUUGACAUAAAUAACACCUGCCAGUUAAAACAUAUACAGACUGUUUGUAAUUCGUGUUUAUGUGUUCUAUCUCGAAACGAAAACGAAAAGAGCGUGAAUAUAAUUUGUUUAUUGAAAUAUCCCAUACUGUCUUUGAAAAAAGGAGGUUCCUCGUCCAUUAAACAAUGCAUGUUCUCACAAAUAGGGGGUCGUGACAAACGAAUCACGUUCGUGCGACUACGUCAGUAACUGGAAUAGAUUCAGAUAUUACGAAGCGUGAAAUUAAAGGAUAAACAAAUGAAGUCCGGAGCGAGCGCCAUAAUAAUGAAAGAGCAGUCGGCAUCAGAAGGUGUCAAGCUGCAGACACGGGCCGCGUGACCCGGCAAUACGGCUCGGCCGCGGCGCAUCGGCGAACUGGGGCAUAUCGAUAAGUGUGUCCUACUUACCCGGUUUCGUGGCGGUACCGGUGCCGCGGUGCAUUUUAGACGAAAGCGCCACAGAAGAUGUCCGGAAAGUCUUACACAUCGGGUAGCAUGCGUUCGUGCGCUGGUUCCGUUCGACUGGGCACAGCAUCCGGCCACGAGAUUGUGCUGGACGCGUUGUACGAGAGGAAACGUGACAAGAAGAGCGUGCGUGUGCUGACCGUCAUCAUAUACGUAUUCUGCGUGUCACUGGCUGCUAUAAUGCUCUCGCUCUACUACGUGUUCUUCUGGGAGCCCAAGGACGCGCAAUACGCGCAGCGCAAGGUGUCAAACACAGUCACGCCGCAAAUCAGCACUACACCAAUGCCCACUUGCUUUAUGCCCCACACCGGAGGAAGCAAUACCCCAGUGAAUCAAACUGCCAUUCCACCUACCCUAGAUGACUUCGCUAAUGCUACGAAUACUAAUGAAUCCACUGAAGCAACAAUUAACUUAAUAGAAAACUCAACCCUCCCAACUUCCCUCAAAGACAACGAAACAUCCACCACCCAUCCUAACCUCAACCACAUUAACACUCUUAACUUUACUACGGGUACAUGACGUUUCGAAAAAAUGUUAAAAAAAAUUUACAACAAAACUACUUGUAGCUGAAUCAUGUCUACAAAUAUAUACAAUGACAAGAUAGUGCUGAUUGAGUAUAUUGGUCUUAUAUGAUCACACGUAACGUUUGCCGUCUAUAAAUUCUACAUGAAUUGUGAUACAUAUGUACGUUAAGCAUUGGAUAUAAAUCUUACCACACAACGUCAGCUAUGUCGAGUCGUAAACAGAUAUGUACCUAUAAAUGAAGAAGCGAAGCUGUAAUUUUCAAAACCAAUGACAUUAUUUUCUAAAUACUAAAUAAUGUUCUAGUCGGUUUAAAAAAAAUUAUGUAGUAGCACCCGAUUACCUACGCUGGUAUCUUUAGGAAUCCUUGCAUAAUAUUAAAAUAUAAUUAUAUUAAAAUAUAUUUAAACAAUUGUAAAUUCAACGAUUAGGUACGUCAGUGACUAUUAAAAUAUCAUAGUAUAUUUAUAGAAAAGCGUGUAGAAAGUAAUAUCCGUGAUGUUGGCUUAAAGCGAAGUCUGAACCAAAACACCAAUAGCUUAAACAUUCUUAGGAUAAAAAAAUUAUAAUUGGUUAUCCUUAGAUACCGUUUUAUAAUAUAAGAUAGUUUUCAUUAGGUAUUUCUCGAUAAUAGUAAUAAGUUAUUGUAAGUUAAAUAAUAACGUACUCGCCAUGUUUUUAUAAGUUUUAUAGGGUAAUUAUUUUAUUUCAAACAAACUAAUUUUACAUAUUAUCUAACGCAAAAUAAUUAAUGUAAUUUUUUUAUAAUGCAACUUAAAAUUUUUUUUAUGAUUGUUUAAAAAUACGUUUCUCAAACUUAAAUAUUUGUACCUAGGUAGGUACUUACAAAAUAUCUUAUUAAAUAUAGUUGUAUGUUUUAUUAUAGUCAUAUACAGUGAAGUUUAUUAGUAACUUAGCAGAGAAAAAUUAAUGAACUAUUCAAGGCGAGUAAUUAUUUUCAUCAAUGAAACAAUUAAAGCCGAAUGUACUUAUAGAAUAAGUCUUAAAUAGUCAGAAAAUAAUAGCAUCGGAUUAAUGUGUGUAUGGCCUUACGUUAUGAAUAAACGUUAAUAUAUUUUAUUCAUAGAAUUUAUUAAAAAUUGUGAAAAUGUGUUGUUGAUUUGUAAUGUAUUAUGUGUAUUGUUUCUGUUAUGAUUGUCCAAUAAAUAAGGAAAUUAAUGGAA